CUCCUGCAUGAGAAGCAAGCAAGCAAACAUAUUUUUGAAAACUGAGACCCAUCUCCUUCAUGGGAGUGACCCAGUUUGUGGCUGGGUUCCAUGAGGGGCCCCGAGGAGCCUCAGCCCCUGGGAUUCACACCCUUGUGUGGUCCCCUCCCACCCUGCGCAGUGUCCAUCUGUGCGACCGUUAGCAUGUGGCAGAAGUGAUGGUGUAUCACUUCCAGGCUUAAGUCAUAAAAGCCCGUGGCUUCCAUCUUGUUUACUGUCUUGCUGGCUUGUUGUCUGUCCCUCUUAGAUCACUUGCUCUGAGGGAAGCCAGACACCAUUCCCAAGGACACUCAAGCAGUCCUGGUGGAGGUCCGUACGGUGAGGAACUGAACCUCCUGCUGACAACCAGUUAUAAGACCCAAUUAUGAGUGAUCAAAUCAAAUUCAUUGUGGACAAUCUCAAUAAAGAGCCUUUUAGGAAGAACUAUAAUUUAAUCACAUUUGAUUCCCUGGAGCCAAUGCAACUAUUGCAAGUUCUCAAUGAUGUUCUGGCUGAAAUUGACCCAAAGCAAGUUGUUGAUAUCAGAGAGGAGAUGCCAGAGCAAACAGCCAAAAGGAUGUUGAGCCUUCUUGGUAUCCUUAAAUAUAAACCUCCAGGAAAUGCCACAGACAUGAGUACCUUUCGUCAGGGUCUGGUGAUUGGAAGUAAACCUGUAAUUUAUCCAGUACUCCACUGGCUUCUUCAGAGGACUAAUGAACUGAAGAAAAGAGCAUAUUUAGCUCGUUUUUUAAUAAAACUUGAGGUACCAAGUGAGUUUCUUCAGGAUGAAACUGUGGCUGAUACCAAUAAACAGUAUGAAGAGCUAAUGGAAGCCUUUAAAACUUUGCAUAAAGAAUGUGAGCAACUUAAGACAUCUGGAUUUUCUACAGCAGAAAUAAGAAGGGAUAUCAGUGCAAUGGAGGAAGAAAAGGAUCAGCUCAUUAAGAGAGUUGAACGUUUGAAGAAAAGGGUGGAGACAGUUCAGAAUCAUCAACGGAUGCUUAAAAUAGCAAGGCAACUUCGAGUUGAAAAAGAGAGAGAAGAAUUUCUUGCACAACAGAAACAGGAACAAAAGAAUCAGCUAUUUCAUGCAGUGCAGAGACUGCAAAGAGUACAAAAUCAGCUGAAAAGUAUGCGCCAUGCAGCAGCAGAUGCAAAGCCUGAAAGUUUAAUGAAGAGGCUAGAGGAGGAGAUAAAAUUUAAUUCUUAUAUGGUUACUGAAAAAUUUCCUAAAGAAUUAGAAAGCAAGAAAAAAGAAUUGCAUUUUUUACAAAAAGUGGUUUCAGAGCCUGCAAUGGGCCAGUCUGAUCUUCUUGAGCUUGAAUCUAAAAUAAAUGAAAUAAAUGCACAGAUCAAUCAGCUGAUUGAAAAGAAAAUGAUGAGAAAUGAGCCAAUUGAAGGCAAACUCUCACUGUAUAGGCAACAGGCAUCCAUUAUUUCUCGUAAAAAAGAAGCCAAAGCUGAGGAACUUCAGGAAGCAAAGGAGAAGUUGGCCAACCUAGAGAGAGAGGUGUCAGUGAAGACAAAUCAGACCCGUGAAUUUGAUGGCACCGAAGUUUUGAAGGGAGAUGAAUUCAAACGAUACGUCAGUAAACUUCGAAGCAAGAGUACAGUGUUCAAAAAGAAGCAUCAAAUAAUAGCUGAAUUUAAAGCUGAAUUCGGUCUCUUGCAGAGGACGGAGGAACUUCUUAAACAACGUCAUGAAAAUAUUCAACAUCAACUGCAAACUAUUGAAGAGAAAAAGGGUAUAUCUGGGUAUAGUUACACCCAGGAAGAGCUAGAACGUGUAUCUGCACUGAAGACUGAGGUUGAUGAGAUGAAAGGCCGAACGCUCGACGACAUGUCUGAAAUGGUAAAAAAACUGAAUUCACUGGUAUCUGAAAAGAAGUCAGCCCUAGCCCCAGUUAUAAAAGAACUACGACAGUUGCGUCAGAAAUGUCAAGAACUAACCCAGGAGUGUGAUGAAAAGAAAUCCCAGUAUGAUAGCUGUGCAGCAGGCCUCGAAAGCAAUCGAUCCAAAUUAGAACAGGAGGUCAGGGGACUCCGUGAAGAAUGUCUUCAAGAAGAAAGUAGAUACCAUUACACAAACUGUAUGAUUAAGAACCUAGAAGUACAGCUUCGUCGAGCUACCGAUGAGAUGAAGGCCUAUGUCUCUUCUGAUCAGCAAGAAAAAAGAAAGGCAAUUAGGGAGCAGUAUACAAAAAAUAUUGCUGAACAGGAGAAUCUUGGAAAGAAACUCCGAGAAAAACAAAAAGCUGUACGAGAAAGUCAUGGUCCGAAUAUGAAACAAGCGAAAAUGUGGCGUGAUUUUGAACAGUUGAUGGAAUGUAAGAAACAGUGCUUUCUGAAACAACAAAGCCAAACUCCCAUGGGUCAGGCAUAUACCCUACAGUUAGUGACUAACGAGCAUGAAUCAAAGGCUUGUUUCUACAAAUGGUUCUAGGCGCUUACAUCAUUCCUCUUGUUUGGCAUGAAGGAGUGUUUAGCCCUAGGGAGUGGGUAAGUAAGCA